GUGAAGUAUGCCCACUACCGAAAUCGGCCAUUGUGCUGCUGGCGAAGGCUGCGUGAAGAUGCUGAUCCUGCCGCCCAGCCCUUCGAGCAUAUACAAGCAGCAACAACUGACUCGAAACGGAAAUUUGCCCGCUGCUUUGUCGUACGACUGUCUAAGUCGCCGAAAGAGGAGCUCCUGGGAAAUUCAUUCUAUGAAUACGCUGAUCCAGAGAAAUUAGGACAACAGGCUGGGCAUUGCAUAUUAGUGUUUUUCGGACGGAUUAUUGCUCGGCCUUUACUAGGCACAUGUGCCUAUUUUAAAUCCAUCUGCCUUACUCAUCGACGCUGUCCCUCGCAUUACUCCGGCGAAAUUCCGCCUGUUACAGCCUGCAGUCCGUCUGAACGCUUGGUGGUUCACCGAAGGCGGAGUUACAGACGACAGCCCCCCAUGUUGCGACUUUCCACAGCAGGAAAAAUAAGGAUGGGGGUCCGCUGGUCAUCCCGAAAUCUCCCGAUAUCCACUCUGAUGGAGGAGGGCUAUUCUAUGACUCUUUGUCUGAGAAAAGCGCCGAGAAGAGGACCAAUACACAAGGAGCAUUUAGAAUGGCCUGUUGUGUCCGAUUGGCCUUCAAGUCAUCUCAAGUGCCAGCACUCCAACUGUCGAGUGAAUGACAAAGCUGCUGGCUUGACAGUGAUUCUCCCACAGGUGUGGGCGGAGCAAAGCCCUAUUAUGAAAGUUUAGACAGCCAGCUUCCAGAAGCAUUCCAGAAACAUUCAGUAGCAC